GGUGGGAGGUGUUGCUGUUCACCGAGUGCCACGUUGAUGGAGACACCAGUGGGGACGUGGAAAUCGCGGUCUGCAGCUGUGACCGGUUGUUCUGACUGCGUUCACCGGCUUUUGAAUCAGUCCACAAAAAGUGUAAAACUGCAGGCUUAUGGUGUAUGCCAUUGUAAGUGUGCUUGUUUAAGUAAGGAGCACAGAAGAAAAGAUGAAAGUCAAAGAAAUAAACCGGACAGCCAUGCUGAGCUGGAGUCCUGCCCAGCAUCACCCCAUCUACUUAGCCACAGGGACCUCAGCACAGCAGCUAGAUGCCUCCUUCAGCACCAGUGCAUCGUUGGAGCUGUUUGAGUUCAAUUUGGCUGAUCCAUCUUUAGCUAUGAAAUCUUGUGGCACUCUCUCCUCCUCACACCGAUACCACAAACUUGUUUGGAGUCCAUUUGGCAUUGAUGGGCAGGGUCUGGCUUCGGGGGUUCUUAUUGCUGGUGGAGAAAAUGGCAACGUCAUCCUCUAUGACCCUGUAAAGAUUAUGUCUGGAGACACCAAUGUGAUCAUUGCAGAGAGUGACAUUCACACAGGGCCAGUGAGAGCUCUUGACCUGAACCCAUUUCAGACAAACCUAGUUGCAUCAGGUGGAAAUGAAUCGGAAAUUUACAUAUGGGAUAUUAAUAACUUUGGAUCUCCAAUGACACCUGGGCCCAAGACACAGCCUCUAGAGGAUAUCAGCUGUGUGGCAUGGAACAGACAAGUCCAACACAUCCUGGCCUCUACUAGCCCAAGUGGACGAACAUCAGUGUGGGAUCUACGCAAGAAUGACCUCAUCAUUAAAGUCUCCGACCACAGCAACAGAAUGCAUUGUUCUGGGAUGGCCUGGAAUCCAGAAGUGGCUACACAGUUAGUUAUGUCCUCUGAGGAUGACCGAAUGCCUGUGAUUCAAAUGUGGGAUCUGCGUUUUGCAUCCUCUCCCCUUAAGAUUUUAGAAAAUCACACACGUGGUGUCUUGGCCAUUGCAUGGAGCUAUGCAGAUCCAGAGCUGCUUCUCAGCUGUGGGAAGGACGGUAGGAUUCUUUGUUGGAAUCCAAAUACUGCAGAGAUUUUAUACGAACUGCCUACUGGCAACCAUUGGUGUUUUGACAUUCAGUGGUGCCCACGAAACCCUGCAGUGCUUUCUGCAGCAUCCUUUAAUAGCUGCAUAAAUAUUUAUUCCAUUAUGGGGGGUACCAGUCAAGCUCAGAGCCAUGUUGAUGAGGUAAGUCACUCUUUUGGAACCAUGGAUCCCUUUGGAACAGGACAAACUCUACCUCUAUUGGAGCUUCCUCAGAGUGGGACCAUUUCAACUACAGUUAACCCCAUAAAGAAGCCCCCCAAAUGGAUACAGAGACCUGUGGGAGCAUCAUUUGCUUUUGGAGGAAAACUGGUGUCUUUGGAGAAUGGAAAACCAAACCCCCAGCUGCCUAAUCGUCAUGUUGUGCAUGUCAGCCAGGUUGUUACGGAAACUGACUUAUUGAAACGCUCCAGCCAGUUACAGGACACCAUCAGUUCAGGUCAAUUUGUGGAGUUUUGCCAAGGAAAAAUUAACAUGGCUGAGAAUGACUUUGAAAAGACAAUUUGGUCUUUCCUCAAGGCAAAUUUUGACAGUGACACCCGCUCAAGGUUCCUUGAGCUUCUUGGCUACAAUAGAGAGGAACUUGCCCUAAAGAUUUCUGCUGCAUUAACCGAAAAGCCUACAGAGAUGGAUCUUCCCCCUCUCUGUGAUGCACAGCCAGUUGCAGACCUUAACAUUGUCACUGCCACAGAAAAUCCUGAGGCAGCAUUUGACUUGAUUGCUGCUGCAAACUUGAAGCCAUCAGUCACACAGGAGAUGGACUACAUUCCUCUAACCGAGAGUGAAGAGACAAUAGAAGUGAAUGCAGAAGAAAAGAGUGCUGAUCACAAUUAUGAAAUUGUAGACCAGGUAGCAAGUGGAAUUCCUGAACAGCAAUGGGAUGAUGAGGAAAUACUUUUGGAUGAGGAAGUAAAUGACGUUUUAGAUGCCAGUGAGGACCUACUUCAAGCUUCUAUGGAGGAAACAACUCAGGAAACUCUUUCCGCAGUUCAAGCACCCAGUGAAGAACCAUCACAGGAUUUGUUUUCUGACAUUCAAGCUCCCACUGAGGAACCAUCACAGGAUCCUUUUUCCAUCAUUCAAGCUCCCACUGAGGAACCAUCACAGGAUCCUUUUUCCAUCAUUCAAGCUCCCACUGAGGAACCAUUACAGGAUUUGUUUUCUGACAUUCAAGCUCCCACUGAGGAACCAUCACAGGAUCCUUUUUCCAUCAUUCAUGCUCCCAUUGAGGAACCAUCACAGGAUCCUUUUUCCAUCAUUCAAGCUCCCAUUGAGAAACCAUUACAGGAGUUGUUUUCUGACAUUCAAGCUCCCACUGAGGAACCAUCACAGGAUCCUUUUUCCAUCAUUCAAGCUCCCACUGAGGAACCAUCACAAGAUCUGUCUUCUGACAUUCAAGCUCCCACUGAGGAACCAUCACAAGAUCUGUCUUCUGACAUUCAAGCUCCCACUGAGGAACCAUCACAGGAUCCUUUUUCCAUCAUUCAAGCUCCCACUGAGGAACCAUCACAGGAUCUGUUUUCUGACAUUCAAUCUCCCAGUGAAGAACCAUUUCAGGAUCUGUCUUCUGACAUUCAAGUCUCCAGUGAAGAACCAUCACAGGAUCUGUUUUCGUACAUUCAACCUCCCAGUGAGCAACCACCAGAUCCUUUUUCUAACAUUCAAGCUCCCAGUGAAGAACUAUCACAAGAUCCUUUUUCUAACAUUCAAGCUCCCAGUGAAGAACCAUCACAAGAUCCUUUUUUUAACAUUCAAGCUCCCAGUGAAGAACCAUCACAAGAUCCUUUUUUUAACAUUCAAGCUCCCAGUGAAGAACCAUCACAAGAUCCUUUUUCUAACAUUCAAGCUCCCAGUGAAGAACCAUCACAGGAUCUGUUUUCUGACAUUCAAGCUCCCAGUGAAGAACUAUCACAAGAUCAUAUUGAAAAGGCGUUUCAAGCCUCCAGUGAACUGCUGCUCACUGGUGAAGUUCUCAAGGCACCUGAAGAUGGUGCAUUGCAGGUUAUUGCUCCUGUAGUCAACCCCAACCUUGGCAUCAAUCGAGAUGUUGACAGGCUGAUUACACAAGCUCUGCUAACUGGAGAUUUUGAAGGAGCGGUUGAACUCUGUCUCCUUGACAACCGUAUGGCAGACAGUAUUAUCCUAGCUAUUGCUGGAGGAGCUGAGCUCCUAGAGAAAACUCAAAAGAAGUAUUUCAUAAAGUCACAAAGCAAGCUGACUAAGCUUAUAAGUGCAGUAGUGAUGAAGGACUUGCAUGACAUCCUGAGCACAUGUGAUCUACAGAACUGGAAGGAAGCAAUGGCUGCUGUUAUGACAUAUGCUCAGACUCAGGAGUUUUCUUCCCUCUGUGAUCUCCUUGGUGGCAGAUUGGAGGGAGCAAAUGAUCCCAACCUGCAAGCACAGGCCUGUCUCUGUUACAUCUGUGCUGGUAAUUUGGAGAAACUGGUGUCUUGCUGGAUCAAGGCACAAGAAGGAAACAAUCCUCUCUCUCUACAGGACCUGGUGGAAAAGGUGGUUGUGAUGCGUCAUGCAGUAGAACAGAUGCAAAACAUGGGUCCUCUUACAGUUGGGGUCCUGUUAGCCAAGAAGAUGGGCGAGUAUGCAAACCUAUUAGCUUCUCAGGGUUGCUUGACCACAGCUAUUACCUACCUUCCCAAUGAAACCAACCAUGUUUGUAUCCAGCUGCUCCGUGAGCGUCUGAGCCAUGCUCUAGGUCAGCAGGACCCAGCAUCUUUCAAAACACAAAGCGCCCCCUCUCAGGUCCCUCCUCUGCAGACUCUUACUGCUGGGCAAUCCAAUAAUGCGUACUCUGUUGUGCAGCCCACCACCACUGCUCCUGCUCACCUUCAGUACUACCAGCCUGUCAGGGCUGCUUCCACUGUCACCUCUUGGAGUAAUCAAACUCCAACAGUCUUCCCCCAUGUGCCUCCUUCUCUUCCAGUUGGCACUGCCUCAGACCCAUCAAAGGUGACUCCAUCAAGCCCGAUGUGCACGAUGCCAACCACAGGCACAGCUGCUGCUCUUUCUGCUUCCUCUGCACCUUUCAUCCACUCCCAUCAAUACCAGACCUAUGCCCAGGUUAACCAGUACCCACAGGGAGUUGGGGGGUUGACUGAAUAUCGGACUCAUCAGGAUUGCCCUCCUGUGGUACCUGUUUUGGCUGAAGCUUCUGUUGCUCCUCACCCUCCAGUUCUCUCUCACUACUCUCAGCCUGUCCCAUUUCAAACUGCUUAUGCCCCUUCACCUCUCAGCAGUAAAUGCCCAUCGUUCUCCUCUUCCUCCAAUCCACCUUCUUCUCCAUCCUCAAUGGCGUCCUUCCAGCAUGGUGGGCCUGGCUCUCCGGGGUCUUAUAUGCUGCUGCCUCCACAGAGUGGAGUCUCAGGACCUCAAAAUGGUUGGAAUGAUCCCCCAACCCUGAGUCGAGGUCCAAAGAAGAAGAUUGUUCCAGAGAACUACACCCCCCCUGCUCCUAUCACAACCCCCAUCAUGGCACCACUGGGAGCUAAUCUCCAGCCUCAGCAGAUGCCCUCUGGGUCCCCUCAGCUUAUGGGUCAGAUCCCACAUGCUGUUCAAACCCCCUACUCAGGCAUGCAACAGCCACUUGUCCCUUCAGCUUUAAACUCCAUGAACACAACAAUGCCUAAAACCAGCUCUGAAGGUGCACCUGGAGCACCUAUUGGUGAUGUUAUUCAGCCUCCUCGGUCUAUGCCUGCUGAAAAAAUCACAAAAAAGCCCAUUCCAGAUGAGCACUUUGUUUUAAAGACCACAUUUGAGGGCCUUAUUCAGAAAUGCCUAAUUGUUGCUACAGACCCGCAAACUAAAAGGAAACUUGAUGAUGCCAACAAGCGUUUGGAAACACUUUAUGACAAAUUGAGAGAGCAUACACUAUCCCCAGCUAUUAUAGGGGGUCUUCAUAACAUUGCUAGGACUAUUGAAUCACGAUCCUACACAGAGGGCCUCAAUAUCCACACACACAUUGUAAGCAGCAGUAACUUUAGUGAAAUUUCAGGUUUUAUGCCAGUGCUCAAAGUGGUGUUGACACAAGCCAACAAACUGGGAGUAUGAGCGGCACACUGACCACACUAGCUCAACUGACCAGUUGUCCUCAACUGAACUGUCUGUUUUUGAAAAGUAUUACUUUUCAUAGUAUAAGUAUCAUAAGAAAAAUGUUUAAUUCAAACAAACUUGAUCAACAAACUGGUUUAACAGAUUGUUAAACCUCACUUCAGUCAGUGGUAAAUCUGAUCUGAUCAUUGAUAUUGUUUAGAUUAUCUGAAGAAUUUUUUAUUUUUUUUUGCUAUCAUACCAAAAGAAUUCAGUUGUGAGUGGAACUUUUCAUAGGAAAAAGGGAAUAAUUGUUGUUUCACAGUUAAGUAAAUAUUAAAAGUGAAGUUAGUAAUAAAUACUAAAACAACUUCAGUCAUUUUUUACUUAACAUUACCAUGUCAAUGUAUUGAUCCAUACCGUCAUCAUAUAGAUGCAUUAGUUUAAAACAAAAUCCUGUUUGUUUUUAUAUAAUUGUAAUAAUCUCCGCUGCACAUUUGAGACAAUGCUUUAAUUACACUUAAACUUUUUAAAUGCAUGUUUUAAGACUUGAGAGGAUACAAUAUAAUUUUAAGGAUUUUUUCAUUUCAACAACUAGGGCUUUUGUUUAUUCAUUGUGUGUUCUUGGUAAAUGUCUUACUUUUGUCUACAGACAAUAUUUUAAUAAAAUUUAUUUAUUUAAAA